AGGAGGAUUUUUUCACCACUUUCUACCAUCCAAGAGACAUUUAAGAAGCCCUCCGUGUCGCCAUGCUCCCUGCUCAGGAAGCAGCCAAAAUCUACCACACCAACUACGUGCGUAACGCGCGUGCCGUAGGCGUGCUGUGGACGGUUUUCACCAUCACCUUCGCCGUCAUCACCGUGGUGGUGUUCAUCCAGCCCUACUGGAUCGGGGACAGCGUCCACACGCCUCAGGCCGGAUACUUCGGCCUCUUCCACUACUGCAUCGGGAACGCGCUCACCUCGGAGCUCACCUGCAAAGGGAGCGCGCUGGACUUCGGCUCCAUCCCGUCCGGCGCCUUCAAGACGGCCAUGUUCUUUGUGGGGAUCUCCAUGCUGCUAGUGGUGGGCAGCAUCGUCUGCUUCAGCCUCUUCUUCUUCUGCAACGCGGGGAGCGUGUACAAGAUCUGCGCAUGGAUGCAGCUGGCCUCCAGCACAUGCAUGGUGAUCGGCUGUAUGAUCUAUCCUGACGGCUGGGACUCAGACGAGGUGAAGCGCAUGUGUGGCCAGCGGACCGACAAGUACACCCUGGGCAACUGCACGGUGCGCUGGGCCUACAUCCUGGCCAUCAUCAGCAUUAUGGACUCUCUCAUCCUCUCCUUCCUGGCCUUCAGCCUGGGCAACCGACAGGACCAGCUGUUGCCAGAGGACUUCCAGGUGGAUGGGAAAGAUAAUGCCUAGGACCCGUGUGGACAACAGAGGGACGAGGAGAACUACAGGCAUGAAGGAUUUAAAUGUAUUCCAAGGCUUCAGGACAGUAAAUUACAAUCUAAAAAUAACUUACAAGAAGUUCAUCAUGCCCUUGAAAUAGUGACGGCUUAUCAACAGACUUUGGAAACAUGGGAAAAGUCACUUUCAACCUCCAGCUAAGAUAUCACAGCCUUAGAUUAGCUGUGAAUGGUUAUACUUGGGACUGUGCUUUCAGGCAAUUUAUUAUCCGAAAUGACCGGAGCAACUUGUUACUUUGGAGAGAGAACUGUCAUAAAUGCUAAGCACACCAAGUGAUAACAUUGUUUUAUUUCAGUGUCAGAACAACAUAAAUUUAAACAUUUUAUGUUAUCAUUAAAAAUAUGUUCAUUUUAAAUGCCAAUACCUGAUGUUAAAGGAGCAUUUUUGUGGGAUUUUGUUUAAAUCUUUGUGCUGAGUUAAAGUGAAAUCUGACACGUCCUUCUGUAUCCGCCCUCUAGAUGUCCUGAUGAUACAUUAGCUUAAUGAAAAUGUCUUCUAAUACGGAAAUCUUUGGGGAUUUAUGUCCACAAACGUUUACGUCAGAGAAUCGAAACACUGCAGUGGCAAUUUAAGAGGCAAAUGCAAUUUAAUAAGAUUUUGAAAUAUGUUUAUUUUUAUAACCUACAGAAAAAAAUGAACAAUCAUGAAGAGCGCAGACAUGGACAGAAGGAGAGGAGACUUUGUAGAAAAACAAGCAAAAUACUUCUGAGGGGAUUCAAAGCAUUAUUACAGCAUUUGUUUUAGUACAAUCCAUUAUUUUCAAAUCCAACACCUCCGUGUGCAGUGGAAACAAAGCUUUAGUUUUUAUACAACUGGAAGUCACCUGAACAUUCUUCAAGGAAUUUCUAAAAAGUGUAAAAAAAAUGCUCAAACCUUUCAGCUUGUGCCUUCAAUUUACGGUCAAACUGUGCAAAGCUUUCGCUGCAGAGAGGCAGAGACUAAAGGCCAGCUCUUUGGUGCACACUGGACGUGGAACCACAUAAAGGUUUUGAGUGUAGAAGAUUUGACUGUUGAUGUGAUAGUUAUAUGAAGCCUUGUUUUAACAGGCAAAAUGUUAUCCAGGUAUGAAACAGCAUUAAGUUGUCCUUUUUGUGUGUGAAGUAGGAAAAUAAUCUGAAUG